CCCCGAAUCGAGACUCGGCCCGCACAAAGCUCUUGUCUUAAGAAUUAACGAAGCAAAAGAGAACGUCUUUAUUCAUUUCGCUGUCGGGCCAGAGGAGCGAAGUAAAUGAGAGGAAAAGCAACACCAAAGAAAUUAAAAAACCAACACCCCGAAGCAAGCAAGGCAAAGCAAAAAGCAAAACCCCCUCAGAAAAGAUACGGACAACCCCAAUUCGAGCUGCUGUGAAGGAAAGUUAGUACGACUAAUUUGGAAGUACACAUCGGUACGCGCUUUACUAAUUCCCCUGUUUUUCAAUCGAAGUUGCUCUGUUCUCAUCGCUUGAGAAAAAGAAGGCAGGACACCGAUUUCCAGAAACUCCCGAGGAAGGCUUCAGAGUACACAGGAAUAGAGCACAUAUCAAUGGCUGGACCUGAAUUCUGAUCGAAAUCAUCACCUAAAGAAAUGAGCUUGCUUCUGUCUCGAAUUAGCCUCCGCGAGUUCUGCUUCUUCGUCGUCGUCCUCCUCCUCCUCUGGCUGUCGCCCGCUGAGCCCUCUUCCGACUACACCGACCUGGUCUUCAAGGGCUGCGCCCAACAGAAGGUCCCAGACCCGACCGACGCUUUCGCCCAGAACCUCAAAUCCCUCCUCUCCAAUCUCACCUCGCAGGCCUCCCAGAAGACCUACUACUCCACCGCCGUCGGCGAUGGCGCAACGGCCGUCUCCGGGCUCUUCCAGUGCAGGGGCGACCUCACCGCCGCCCAGUGCGGCGACUGCAUCGGCAAGACGCCCGACCUGGCUCGGAAGCUCUGCGGGGGCGCCGUUCCCGCCGCGAGGGUCCAGCUCAAAGGGUGCUACCUGAAGUACCGGAUCAGCGGCUUCCAGGAGGCGCCGGACACAGACGUGAUGUUCAAAGUCUGCGGGUCGGAGAAGGACCGCGGGUUCGGGGCGAAGAGGGAGGCGGCGUUCGGGAUGGUGGAGAGCGGGGUGGUCGACGGCGGCGGGUUCUAUACGGGGACCUACGGGAAUGUGUACGUGUUGGGACAGUGCGAGGGGGACGCUGUGAUCGGCGGCGACUGCGAGGGGUGCGUGAAGAGGGCGUUGGAGAGAGUGGGGGCGGAUUGCGGCGAGGCAAUUUCAGGGCAGGUGUACAUGAACAAGUGCUACGUGAGCUUCAGCUACUACCCCAAUGGCGUCCCCGGCGUCUCUUCUCCGUCGUCGUCGCUGGCCGGAACAGGGGAAGGCAGUGGCGGCAGCGGCGGCGGUGGCGGCGCCGGCCACACGCAGAAGACGGUGGCAGUGGUGGUAGGGGGAGUGGCCGCCGCGGGGUUCGGGAUCGUCUGCUUGCUCUUUGCGAAGUCGCUGUUCAAGAAGCGGGACGCCUACCGGUACGAGAGUUGAUGUCGCCCCUCUGCCUCAUACGUCGAUCGGGCCGUAAGUAGAUCGAGUAUACACAGGACGAAGUCAGAGAUUUGUGCAUUUUCCUUUUUGACCACGCGCACAGAGGAUUAUACAUGUACAUAGAGAACGAGACAGACAUUCAAAGAUUGCAUUGCAUUGCAAUGACUUUCUUUUUGGAAAGAUGAUGAGUAGGAGUAGGGCCCUAUCUUUCGGACCCACUUUCUUCUUUUAUGAGAUAAAGUAAAAGGUAGGAAUUAGGUUGUCUUAUUUACGCUUUGUUUCGUACACAGCUCUUGCUCUUCGGAUCAGCAUUUAGCUGUCGCAUCGAAUGCGAUGAUAAUAAUCGCUUCGAAGUUUUA